AUGAACCACCUCAUGGCAGUUUCCAACGUCACACACAUUGAUCCUUCAGCAUUCUUUCUAAUGGGCAUCCCUGACCUGGAAGCUGCUUACGUCUGGAUUUCCAACCCUUUCUCUGUUUUCAAAAUUAUGGGCCUGUUGGGAAAUUUCACGCUUCUCUAUGUUAGAGACAAGGAGCAGACUCUGCCCAAGCCGAUGUAUCUGCUGCUCUCCAUGCUGGCACUCACACAAAUCGGCACAUCUACUUCCGUCGUGCCAAAGUACUGUGACCACAUGGCUGUGGCAAAGAUGUCGUGUGGGGACAUCACAGUCAACAGGAUGUAUGGUUUGGUAAUAGCAUUUGUAAUCAUCAUGUUAGACCUGACACUUAUUGUCCUGUCCUAUGGUCUGUUCAUCAGGCCUGUCCUCAGAGUAUCCUCCAAGAAAGCCCAUCAGAAAUCUUUCAGCACUUGCACAGCCCACAUCGGUGUGAUGAAGAUGUCUUAUCGGUCCCUCCUCUUCUCCACUGUGACAUACCAGUUUGGUCAGGGAAUUGCUCCCCAUGUUCACAUCAUCUUGACCAAACUAUAUUACCUCCUCCUCCCCAUGUUCAAUCCUAUCAUUUAUGGGGACAAAACCUUAGAGUUUCAUGAGAAAUUGCAGAAGUACACUUGCAGAAUGUGA